CAUAAAAUUGUUUAGUACUUCUUUCGUCUUUUAAUUUAACAAAACAUGGGUGAGGCUCCUGAGGUGUUUUACAUCAAUGGGUUCCCAAAGUUUGGUCAUGAAACGGAACAACACCUCACCGAUGAUCCAAACCAUGAUUGUUCCUGGUACGAGGAAGUUAUCGACGAUGAUCUCAAAUGGUCUUUUGCACUAAACAGUGUGCUUCACAGAGGGAUUAGCGAUUACCAGGAGAUAGCUCUUCUGGAUACAAAGCGUUUUGGAAAGGCCUUGGUGAUUGAUGGGAAGAUGCAGAGUGCAGAAAUAGAUGAAUUCAUUUAUCAUGAAUGCUUGAUUCAUCCCCCUCUGUUAUGUCACCCCAACCCCAAAACAUUGUUUAUAAUGGGAGGUGGCGAAGGGUCUGCUGCUAGGGAAGCCCUCAAGCACAAGUCAAUGGAGAGAGUGAUCAUGUGCGACAUAGACCAGGAGGUCGUAAAUUUCUGUAGAAAACACUUGACUGUAAACAGGGAGGCCUUUGCUCAUAAGAAGCUCGACCUUGUCAUCAAUGAUGCCAAGGCUGAAUUAGAGAAGAGAAAGCAGAAAUUUGAUAUCAUUGUUGGAGAUUUGGCAGACCCUGUUCAAGGUGGGCCAUGCUAUCAACUUUAUACCAAAUCCUUCUAUGAAAAUAUCCUGAAGCCCAAGCUCAAUGCCAAUGGCAUUUUUGUGACCCAGGCUGGACCGGCAGGUAUCUUAACACACACAGAGGUCUUCACUUCUAUAUAUAACACAAUCAAACAGGUCUUCAAAUAUGUGAUGGCAUACACAACUCAUGUACCAUCUUUUGCUGAUACAUGGGGAUGGGUUAUGGCUUCAGACCAACCACUAUUCAUUGGUGCUAAGGAAAUGGACAAAAGAAUUAACGCAAGAAUAAAUGGGGAAUUGCUCUACCUAACUGGCGAUUGGUUCCAGUCAUCUGCCACCAUGAAUAAGACUCUUUCAACUUCGCUUCAGAAUGAAACCCACGUGUACACGGAAGAAAAUGCUAGAUUCGUUCCUGGACAUGGCGUGGCUUAUCGUCUCUGAGGUUUUUUCAAUCCAAAUCUUGAGGAUAAUUUCAUGUAUACUUUGUUGUGCUG